AUGCACGGCGACUUCGACCUGCCCGCAAACAGCGAGAACGAGUUGAUACACCUCCUCGAGCAUACCCCCUCGUUACUCGCAUUGGCCCUUGAGACAACGCUCGUUACUGACCUUCUGUUUCGCCGUCUAGGACCACCUAGUCUCCAAGAUAGCGCCACCUUCUCGGGUACCAUUGACCAAAGCCCAGCAUUCUUGCCCCUCCUUCAUACCCUCGCAAUCCACGUCUUCAUCAACUUCCAGUGGCACUCCGUGGCCAAUAUGUUCACUACAUCCGUUGGAUCCUUCGACUCUGCCCGUCGAGCGUUGAAGAACUUCGGACUCAAGAUAUAUGGCGACUUCAGGGAUUCACCCCCGCUUCAUGGUAGCGACCCCAACGAAAUCGAGGAGGAUGCUGCCGAGCGACUACUGGUUGUACGAAAAAGUGGAGUCAAUGUGACCAUUCUUGAUGAGCGCGACUGCGACAUGUUAGAUGCCCCAGAUUCCACUUCACCUUCGAGUUCAGCUGAAGGAAAUGACUUGUAG